GCCGGGCCCAGGUAGCGCUGCCCCGCGGCGGUGCCAGCCGGGAGCUGCACGGCCCGCGGGAUGAGGUGCUGCCGCCUCUGCGUCUUUGACGCCGCCCGAGGGCCUCGGCGGCUGAUGCGCGUGGGCCUGGCGCUGAUCCUGGUGGGCCAUGUGAACCUGCUGCUGGGAGCCGUGGUGCACGGCACAGUCCUGCGGCACGUGGCCAACCCCCGCGGCGCCGUCACGCCGGAGUACACCACGGCCAAUGUCAUCUCCGUGGGCUCGGGGCUGCUGAGCGUUUCCGUGGGUCUCGCGGCCCUUCUGGCAUCCAGGAACCUUCUUCACCCAGGACUGCACUGGGCCCUGCUGGCACUGGCUUUGGCGAACCUGCUCUUGUCUGCUGCCUGCUCCUUGGGCCUCCUCCUGGCUGUGUCACUCACUGUGGCAAACGGUGGCCGCCGUCUUAUUGCUGACUGCCAUCCAGGACUGCUGGAUCCUUCCAUACCACUGGACCAGGGACCCGGACACACCAACUGCUUCUUUGACCCCACAAGAAUCUAUGAUACAGCCUUGGCCCUUUGGAUCCCUUCUCUGCUCAUGUCUGCAGCAGAGGCUGCUCUCUCUGGUUACUGCUGUGUGGCUGCACUCACCCUUCGUGGGGUUGGGCCCUGUGGGAAGGAAGGGUUUCAGGAACAGCUGGAGGAACUGACAGAACUCGAACCUCCUAAAUGUAAAAGGCAGGAAAAUGUUCAACUGCUGGAUCAACAUCAAGAAUUACAGGCAUCAGAGAAAACCUGGGUUUAGGACAGAUGGUUCUUCCUUUAUCAGGCAGGUGCCAAUCUGAGGCCCAGUCCACACGUAUUUCCCACUAAGCGAGGAGCUCUUGAGCCCAGGAUGAUAUAAAUAACUAAUAAAAGAGCUUAUCUUUUAUUCUA